AUGUCAGUUUUGGAUGAUUUAUCUAAAAUUCGAGACUAUAAUAUCGAUUCUAGCAAUAAUGUAAAAAGCGAGUCUCUAAUAUCAAAGUAUAACAUACCAAUCGACCAUUUUGAAUUUGAAUAUGUUGAGAAAUGUAACGACGGCAGGGAAUUGGAAAAAAUUCUUCAUAUUUUGCGUUCGGGCGAAGAAGGAUAUUACCCAGAUUUAUUGAAAUGUACCGAAAAUCGCUUGAGGAUCAUAAAACCUAAAAGUAAAUUUUUAAGAGAGGUCUGUCCUGUGUUAAAUAAGAAAGAUCUGGAUAAGAGUGAUGUUAUAGAAAUAUCUAAAGAUUUAGAAAAUUUUGUGGUUAUUGCCGAUAAAAGAGAUAAAGAGCUGGAAAGAAGACGGGUUAAGACAGUUGAACAUGAUUCAGAUAUCAGAAAAUAUGAAAAAUUGAUCGAGGAAACCAAAAUUUCCGAGAAACGUAUAAACUCAACAGAUUAUAAAUCAUGGGAUAAAUAUGACCCGGAUACGGAAAUAUUGAAAAUGGAUAUCGAAGAAGAAAAAGCUAAAAAAGAGGCUUUAGAAAUGAACGACAAACGUAUAGAGAAAGAAAAACUGAAAAAACCUAAUAAAACCGUAACAUUUAAUCAAUUCGGAACGGAAGCGGAAGCUGCAUUUUUUUCCGAAAGAGAACGAGAAACAGGCAACGAGUAUUUUAAAAUUGGCGAUUUUGAACAAGCCUUACAAUGCUACUCCUCAAGUAUCCAGAGUAAAACCACUAUAAAUAAUCUAAAUAAUAGGGCUGUAACAUAUCUAAAACUUAAAAGGUAUGAAGAGGCAGUCAAAGAUUGUGAUAAAGUGUUAGCUAUAGAAAAAGAUAACGUUAAGGCUCAUACACGUAAAGCUGAAGCUUUGGAAAAGCUAGAAAAAUAUGAAGAGCUCAAGAAAUCGCUGACAAAAUCAGAAAAAAGACUAAUGCUAAACUUAAAAAUACCAGAAUGA